AGAUCCUCUUUUCUUUUUCUUCGUACCGCCUUUUGCACCCAUUCAUAACAAAGAAGAAAGACGCAAUCUUUUUCUCUGUCUCUUCCAUUCUUCAAAUCCUUACAGGUUUUCCUUCUCUCCUCUUCUCUCCCUUUCUCAUUUAUUUGUAUCAUUCAAUCGCAAAAGAUUCGAUCUUACGAUGACAUAAUCAAGAUUUCGAUCAUAAAAAACCAAUCUUUAUUCAUCUUAUUAUAUGGUUUUGAUUCCUUGGAAUCGAUCUGUAAUCUUCUCAUACUUAAGUUUGAUCCUAUCGCUUCUCAUCACUCUAACAAUCGAGAAACCCGACCCGGAAGCCAUGAGAGUCCAUCCAAUCCCCAGAAGCCUCAACAACAACACCUUGAUCCACCAUCAUCACCAUCUUCCGACCCGAGAACCCGGAAAGAAUCUUCGUCGUUUACCGCACAUCUUCAACCGCGUUCUUGAGCUUCCGUUAAGGUCCGAAGCAGACGUUGCGGUGGAAGAGAGACACGAUUGUUUCAGAUUCGUGGCGGAGACGGAGGGUGUCUGCGGCGAAGGGGGAGAAAUGAGGGCUUACGUGGUUGAUAUCCAUCCGGGUAUAACCAAGAUCGUUGUGAGGACAAAUGGGUUGUCUUUGGGGUUGUCGUUGGACGAAUUGGAGCUUGAUGUCUGGCGUUUUAGGCUUCCGGAGACGACGAGGCCUGAGCUUGUUACGGUGGUUUGUGUUGAUGGGGCUUUGAUUGUUACGGUGCCGAAGAUGGUUUCAGAAGAUGGUGUUGGUGGGUUUGGACAAGGUGUGGGAAGUGGGAGGCUAGUUCUUGUUCAGUAA